GUUAAAAGCCUCGCAUUGCUGCUGAUACAUACUCGUUGUAGCCUUGAAAUUAGCAUACCACUUCGUACGUUGCCGUUAGCUGUCCAGCUGUCAUAAGAUGCGCCGUCUGUUGGGUCCACAGGUGCCCAUCGAACGCAGCUUCUUUCGCAUUCCGCGCUUUUCGGCUCGCGUCGCCGGUUUUUGGCCACAAUCAACUAAUCGGCAUCGUUCAUGGCUAACUGCGUUGCGUUUCUGCGUGAAUACCUUUGCCGUUGCCGUCGGCGGUUUCGGUGAGGUUUCCUACGGUUUCGUUUAUUUGCACGAUCUUUUUAGCGCGCUCGAGGCUUUCUGUCCGGGAAUUACCAAGGUCAUUUCACUAUUGAAGAUGACCAUAUUUUUUGGGCGCCACAAGCGUUGGCAACAUGUGAUUAAUAGUAUGCACCAAUUGUUGUUGCAAGAUACCAGCGCCGAAAAGCGCCGCAUCGUGGAGCCACUGGCCUCGUUUGGUUCCGCGUUGUCCUUUGUGCUGCUCUUAUCUGGCUCGCUAACGAAUACAUUUUUCAACAUUUUGCCGCUGCUAAAAAUGGGCUACUACAAGUGGCAGUCGCUGGAAGCCGAGCUGUUAUUGCCUUUCAAUGUUAUUUUGCCGGAAAUGUUCGUCAAUUGGCCAUAUUACCCUGCUACAUACCUGGUGCUGACGCUCUCCGGCGCCAUGACGGUUUUCACUUUUAGCGCAGUCGAUGGUUUCUUCCUCUGCGCCUGUGUGUAUACGAGUGCGUUGUUUCGCAUGUUGCAACAUGACAUACGUAACGCAUUCGCUGAAUUGCAAGAACUGGAGCACUCAACGUUGGCGCAAAAUAUGCGGAUACAGCAUCGAUUGGCGGUGCUCGUUGAGCGCCACAACAAAAUCAUCGAUCUGUGCAGCGAUUUCGCUUCAGAAUUUUCACUCAUCAUCCUGAUGCAUUUCCUUUCGGCAUCGCUGGUGUUGUGCUUCAGCAUUUUGGAUUUGAUGUUGAACUCCUCUUCUGUAGGCGUGUUGACUUACAUAUUCUACAGCAUCGCUGCUUUAACUCAACUGAUUCUCUACUGCAUUGGCGGCACUUAUGUCAGCGAGAGCAGCUUGAAAGUAGCUGAGGUCAUAUAUGACACCGACUGGUAUAAGUGCGAUGUGCGCACGCGUCGCAUGUUGUUGCUGAUGAUCUGUCGCGCACAGAAGGCGAAAACCAUACAGGUGCCGUUUUUUACGCCAUCGCUGCCAGCUUUUCGUUCGAUCGUCAGCACAGCUGGUUCUUAUAUCACACUUCUGAAGACAUUCCUGUGAACAACGAAUUCGUUCCAUUCAAACGUUUUAGUGGACUUAAUAAUUAAACACACAUUGACCUAUUUAUGACAAAAUCACAGCGCUAAUAAUGAAAUUAGAUGAAUAAUGAAAUUGAAUCCAAAAAACCAUAUGAUGCGGAAAUCGAGAAGAAGGAAGAAGAAUGAAGAGUAGUCGCUGCGCAGCUGUAAUCAUCACUUUUGCCCAACAAAACAGAGGGCAAAUCAACAUAUAAUUGGUACAUGACAUUUCCUUAUCGUUUCAGCGACGUAGAAAUAUAAUUCCCAUGACGAAAAGUAAAACAAACAACAACAGAGAUCUGAAGCCAACAAUAUUAAUUUGAUGCGAUCAUAAAGAUCGUCUGAUAGUGAAGACAGUGCAACUUUAGAAAUUCUAAUUGAAAAAUAUUAUUCAAUCGGCCGACUGACAUUAUAUGAGCGCCUGGAACAAGUGCUAAACACCAAAAAGGCCGCUGGAAAAUUUUAAAACGUUUCUACUAACUGAUUUUUUUUCACCAUCAGGCGAACAUAAAAAUUGCAUGCGAAAUUUACAGAAUACACAAAGAACAACAACAGUAAAAUUAACAACAGUGUGACACUGGUGCCAUAUGAACCUUCAGCACAACAAUAAAGUAACAUCUGCCAAUCAAUACUAAAACUAACAGUUCUUGCAUUCCUUAGCUUCUGACAACAAUAAAUCAAAUUUUUAUUUUCCUUUUA